GCUGGAGGCUCAAUGUUGAACUAAUUUUACCCUAAAAUUCUCGUACUGAAGCUGCUCUUGAAACGGCAAACCAAACUCGUCUUCAUCAUCUAUACAAGGAAACCAUUUCAGUCCAUUGCUGCUGCUCCAUCCCGAGAUCACCACCCUCGCGCCGCCCAGCUGACAUGCGAAGUUAUAUCAACCUGUUAUCCAAACUCACGAAGAGGAAGAGGAAGAGGAAAAGCAAAAACAAAAUCAGAAACAGAGCUGCUUCCGAAAAGCUGAACUCCAUUUCUGAAAAACAACAAUCAUCAGACCAAGAUGAAGACAAGGAGGAAGGUUUCCGCCUCAAAGCCUCUGCUUCUUCACACAGCCAUGGAGUUCAACCAUUGGGUAAUCUUUACCUCAACCCAUCUUCACACAACUCAAGAAACACUGGCCUAGGUAAUCUCCAAACAUUAACAGAUGAGCUUGUUCUUGAAAUUUUAGGGCUUUUGAGCGGUGCCCAGUUGGGCAUUUUAACCACUGUGAGCAAAUCUUUCUAUGUUUUCUGCAGCCAUGAGCCCCUUUGGAGGAACCUUGUAUUGGAGAAUCUUAAUGGUAGGUUUUUGUAUAUUGGGUCUUGGAAAUAUACUUACAUUGCUGCCUACAACCCUUCAUUUGCCAUUUCAAAUACCCGUUGCUCGGGCUUGAUAGUUAGAGAUUUUUAUUCUGACUAUCUCUUUCAGAGCUGGUUAUGUGCCAGCCUUGAAAUGAAGCCUGAAUGGCUUGAAAGGGAUAAUAUUCCACGAAGAAAGGGCAUUUCAUUUGAAGAAUUUGUGCUGAAUUUUGAAGAACCAAAUAGGCCAGUGUUGUUGGAAGGGUGUUUGCAUAAUUGGGCUGCACUAGAAAAAUGGGAUAGAGAUUAUUUGGUUCAGCUGUGUGGUGACGUGAAAUUUUCAGUUGGGCCUGUGGAAAUGAAGCUUCAAGACUAUUUUAGAUAUUCGGAUCAAGCAAGGGAAGAAAGGCCAUUAUAUUUAUUUGACCCAAAAUUUGCAGAGAAAGUCCCUAAAUUGGGUUCGGAUUAUGAAGUUCCGGUGUACUUUACUGAGGACUUAUUUGGUGUUUUGGGCAGUGAGAGACCGGACUAUAGAUGGAUUAUAAUUGGACCAGCUGGUUCUGGUUCAUCAUUCCACAUUGAUCCUAAUUCAACAUCAGCUUGGAAUGCAGUGAUCAAAGGGUCCAAGAAAUGGGUCUUGUUUCCUCCUGAUGUGGUUCCUCCUGGAGUACAUCCAAGCCCAGAUGGUGCAGAGGUGGCAUGUCCUGUUUCCAUAAUUGAGUGGUUCAUGAACUUUUAUGGGGCAACAAAGCAAUGGAAGAGGAAACCCAUUGAGUGUGUUUGUAAGGCCGGGGAGGUGAUAUUUGUGCCUAAUGGAUGGUGGCAUCUGGUGAUCAAUCUGGAGGAAUCCUUUGCCAUCACACAGAAUUAUGUUAGCAGGAGGAAUUUGUUGAAUGUUCUGGACUUCCUGAAGAGGCCAAAUGCUAACACUCUUGUAUCUGGAACUAGAGACAGGGUAAAUCUGUAUGAGAAGUUUAAGAACUCUAUUGAAUCUUCUUUCCCUGGAACAAUUGAUCAGUUGGCGCUGAAAGCAGAGGAGAAAAAGGCACAAGAGAAAAAGCUUUCAUUCUGGGAUUCUGUAACUGAUUCCAAGGUGGGUGCCUUCAAGUUUGCAUUCUGAAGACACGAAUGUGACUACAAAAUUUUGCCUUAUGGAGGAGAGUUUACUGUUCCUGAGAUUUUGCAUAAGCACACAGCCCCUCCCCAAGAGAGAGAGAGAGAGAUUCAGAAUUGUGGUUACGCUUCUUCAUAAUGGAGGGUGAUUGAGAACAAUUUUGACAUUGGUUUUGUAUUAUUAUUCAAUCAUUUUAUUUUUGUGGCAUAAAUGAUACUGUGGUUACAAUUUAUUCAUCUGCUUGGUUCCGUGCAUCCAAUAAAAUGAGUAGGAAAAAGUAUUACCGGGAAAA